AGCGAGCACUAGCGACAAGAUGCCUCAGUGCGCGCUCCCGUUGGCGUCGCUCUACAGCUGCCGUAGAAAUGCUAACCUGACUGACUGUUCCUUUCUUUCGAAGUUUUCCAUUUGGGCAUUUACGAGCUGUCUUAUCAAGGAAGGCGGCGACGACUUUCUAUGUUUAUCUUUAUUUAUGCCUCUUUGUUGUUUGCCGCCAAGGACGGCAGUUAGCUAGUAGCUCCACCGCGUAAGGCGCUUGUUUGCGGCUCGUUUCCGCUAACAGCAGCAGGCCGAUUUUGAGUCCAAGUCAUCUAUGUUGCUCGAGUGACAACAAAUCCACAGCGGCGGCGUUCUUUGUCCGCAAUUUUUCGACACUUUUACGAGACAAUAACCAUCUCGAUUACAGCGAGGUGAGCUUAUCCACAGCGGGGGAAGGACGAGCGACAGCUGGACUGUCAGCAAUGGAAGCCGAGUUUCGGGAAAUCGAUGACAACAGGAUUUGGAGCGCCAUUUACCAGGAGAUUCGUCAGCAGUCAUGUGAACUGCCCUGCAAGGUGGCCAAACUACCUGAAAACAAGAGUCGGAAUCGCUAUCGAGAUGUUAGCCCAUUUGACCACAGUAGAAUAUGUCUGCAGCAGAGUGCUAACACCUACAUUAACGCCAGCCUAAUAGCGGUAGAAGAGGCGCAAAGGAGCUACAUCCUCACUCAGGGACCCCUACCCAACACGUGCGGUCACUUCUGGGAGAUGGUCUGGGAGCAGCGGAGUUGCGGUGUGGUGAUGCUGAACAGAGUGAUCGAGAAAGGAUCUGUCAAAUGCGCCCAAUAUUGGCCACAGAGAGAAGAGAGAGAUGCGCUCUUUGAGGAUACAAACUUCAAGCUCACCUUUGUUUCCGAAGACAUCAAGUCCUACUACACAGUCCGUCAUCUAGAGCUGGAAAAUCUCGCUACACUAGAGACACGUGAAAUUUUACAUUUUCACUACACCACCUGGCCUGACUUUGGGGUGCCAGAGUCUCCAGCUUCCUUCCUUAAUUUCUUGUUCAAAGUGCGGGAGUCAGGUUGUAUGAAUUCAGACCGGGGGCCAGUGGUGGUUCACUGCAGCGCUGGCAUCGGACGCUCUGGAACCUUUUGCCUGGUGGACACCUGCCUAUUACUGAUGUCUAUCCGCAAAGACCCGUCCUCUGUGCGUAUCCGUGAUGUUCUACUGGAGAUGAGACGCCAUCGUAUGGGCUUGAUUCAGACUGCGGAUCAACUUCGCUUCUCCUACCUUGCUGUCAUUGAAGGUGCUAAAUACCUCAAGGGAGAUUUGUCAUUGCAGGAAUCAUGGAAGGAGUUGUCAAAUGAAGAAGAUGAUCCCCCUGAAUUCACUCCACCUCCCCUCCCACCUCCAAGAGAUCCUCAGAAUGGCAAAGUUGGGCCAUCACUUUUUCCCAUGAAUGACGAGAUUGUGCGACCGAUUGAAAUCCACACUCUGGGGUCCUCACAAGACUCAGAGCUGCGAAGGAGGACCGCGGUCGCCCUCCAGUGCCCUCCCGAUGGUGCCGCUCACCUUGACGGUCACGUGGAAGUCCAAGAUCCAACCUCCAAAUCUGAAACCAAAGCCCAGCCGCAGCACGACAUGGAGCGGCAUCAAGUGGACGAGGCCGUUCGGCAGUCGGUGGAAACAUCCGCAGAGCCUGAGAAUUGGUCUCCCCUCCUCGCCAACGUGUGCCUGUGCACGGCGCUGGCGCUCAGCGCUUACGUCUGCUAUCGAGCCUUCUACCACUGAUGUCUGCCUUCCUCCUCCUCCACUGACUCGCCUGGCCAAAUGUUGUUUUAGUCUUGGAAGCUCAGGGCCUUUUCAAGGUAUUACGUCCUCCAUUCGUCCGUCAACUUAAACACACAAAGCGGCGCCGUUUAGGGAAAAAAGAAAAGAGAGCCACAGAAAUUGAUAAAAGAUGUAACUGAGAGAUGGCAAUUCAGGUUACCCCAGCUGUUGAUUUGGUCAGUGCCUUGACAUAGAUGGCGGCUGACAUGGCUGUUGUCAUUGAAGUUCAAUCCGUUUUGGCGUCAUCAGCAUAGCUAUUAUAUACAUUUGUUUGUUUGAAUUACAUAAUAAUUUCCUUUAUAAUGUAUGAAGGAGUCUUCAAACCACAUAGGGGGAAAGAUUAAAGUAAAGAAGACUAUUCCUUUUCUUUCAGUGUGGCCCUAAAAUUCUUUUACACUCGUGUAAUCUGACCAAUGAAGUCCACUGCAUCUUGAAGGCAGGAAUACGCUUUAGAACGUAGCCAAUCAUAUGGUCCAAACAGCUAUGUCAUAUCUUUUUCCUCUAUUUUUUUAAGCUGCGUCAAGUGGCGAUCAGAAUGGAGUUACACAUUGGCUGAGAAUUGAGUUCCAGCCAUAAGACGGCAUGAGCGGAAGCGCCACUGUGCCCACUAGAAAAGAGCUUGAGUCUGGGGUGACUUAUCUGCCCUCUCUCCGUCAGUGGUCCAUGUUGGCUUGCCAUAGACACAUGCCAUGGGCUCGUACAGUACGUGUAUGUGUCAGUGUGUAGUUAUUGGAGCCUUCGACUGAUGCUUGAGUGACAUCAUCAUAAAAAAUAUUAACAUUUAUAGACCCUGUAAUGUAAAGUGGGAGAUUUGUAUGUUUGAAAAGAAUUGCAAACACAGCUGUGGAGCAUAGCGUUAACUUGUUUUUUCACCAUUCAUCAGGGGGGGGGAGGCGGGGAACUAAAGCAAUUCCUAAUCAAAUAUUUGAGCUUGGACAUGAGCUGUCCCUCCCCCAGAAUAUUAGAAUUUGAACAUGGCGGCUUUGUAGCAUCUUGUUACUGCGGUGUGGAAAAGCCUUGUGAUGACCAGGUGGGGUAUAUUCCAGCCAGUGGGGGCUUGAAGCGAUUCUGUUUUUCCAGCUCAAACAUGCUGCCGUGUGUAGGCAUAACAAAGAUGCUAGAUUUUCCCAAGAAGUGAAGUUUUAGACUGACAGUUCGGUGGAGCAUCGUUUCAGAGCAUUGAGCAGGUGCCCGCAGUGAUAGAGAGCGGAGCUUGAUUUUAUGUUUAAAUUUUGAAGCUGCAUUUUAUAUACUUCACCAUUUUUUUAUCGUUAUUUGGCAGUGUUGUUAACAACACUCUGUGCUGUGUCAUAUUUUCAUUUAUUUACACUUUACAGGGACUUAAGGAAAAUUAAUGUGAACCAAGCUGCCUCCAUUCGUGCAUUUGUCAUCUGAAACGCUUAUCCUCAUGGUUCUUUAUUCUCGCUGCAGUCUCCCAACAGAAAAUAGUUCCAUUGGAGGGUACAAACUUUAUUUUAUAACUUCAAUUGACUGGCGACCAGUCCAAGGUGUACCCCGCCACUCGUUCAAAGUGACCUGGGAUAGACUCCAGCUCACUCGUGACCCUUAUAUGGACAUUAGCUUUUGAUAAUAAUUGUUUUAAAUGGUAUGAAUUGGGGUUCUAACUCUUGGCUGGAGUCAAGACGCCAUAAUGGUGGGUGGCGAGAAGUAUACAGAGCCAAACUACUUGCCAGCAAUACAAACUCAUCCAAUUGUGUCACCUUUAACUUUUGAACAGGGAACCAGGGAUAAAGAACCAAGCCAACACCAGCACAGAGAGAAAAACAAUACACUGUAGUAAUAUUUGGACGGUAUCACCCUGAGCUGGAAAUAAUUUCAACGAUUAUAUUGACUUUUCGCAUGCUGCAUUUGUGAAUCGACAGGUGUGUUCUAAAGUGAUAUUAGUUAUGCUGCUAGUAUUCAACAAAAUGAGUUGGACAGCUGUACAUCUUUUUAUUUGGAAUGUAUAAUUGUCCUAAAGGUGGAUAAAUAAAUAUAUACACACACACACACACAUUUCAAAUCAGGUUUUUAGCGUGCUGAUUUUUUUUGGUUCUGCUUAAUCAAGGGAUUCAACCUCAGCACCUCAAGUUCUCCUGUUUUCUAUCCUGAGCUUAAAAUGUGUAUUUUUUUAUAUACAUUUGUUUGACUUUUCAAAUAAAGGAUUAUACUGCA